AUGGGUGUAACGCUAUGGCUGUUGACCGUGGGGUUGUGCCUAUCUGCUCUAAUACUGCCCGGGUUUGACGGUCUGAAUACCGUAGCACCUGGCCGUAGAAAUGUACUCGUUAUAAUAGGGGACGAUGCCGGCUUCCAGAUGGGAUUAUACAACAACAGCGUCUGUAAGACGCCCAACUUUGACAAGCUGGCUCAGAGAAGUGUGGUUUUCGAUAGAGCCUUUACGACUGUCAGUAGCUGUUCUCCAAGCAGGUCGACUCUGAUGUCGGGCUUGCCUCAGCAUCAAAACGGCAUGUAUGGACUUCAUCACGACCCUCAUCAUUUCAACUCUUUCGAUGGCGUUAGGAGUUUACCCGUCAUUCUGGGGGAACACGGCAUCCGGACAGGUAUUGUGGGCAAAAAGCAUGUCGGUCCAGACACGGUAUACAAAUACGAUUACGAAGAGACGGAGGAGAAUAACAGCCUAGAUCAGGUGGGCCGGAAUAUCACGUACAUGAUGGAGAAGAUUCGCCCGUUUUUGGAGUCCGACGACACCAGACCCUUUUUCCUGUACGUCGGAUUCUUUGACCCUCAUCGAGAUGCUUUUGAGAGUAAACAUGGUCCAUUCGCCAAUAAGUUCGGCAAUGGAGAACCCGGCAUGGGGGUCAUCCCAGACUGGAAGCCCGUCCAUUACGACCCAGAUGAUGUCAUCGUACCGUACUUUAUCCCAGACACCCCCGCCGCCCGGGCAGACAUCGCAGCUCAGUACACAACCAUGAGUCGUAUCGAUCAGGGCAUUGGACUUAUCAUGGCAGAGUUAGAGAAAAUUGGCCACAUGGACGACACGCUCAUUAUUUACACGGCCGAUAACGGCAUCCCCUGGCCAAACGCCAAGACUAACCUGUACAAGCCUGGCAUGUCAGAACCCAUGAUGGUCUCCUCACCGUUACACAAGGAAUCCUGGGGACAGAGAACUGAGUCCCAUGCCAGUCUCCUUGACGUAGUGCCAACGGUUCUGGAUUGGUUCAAUGUCUCCUUUCCCGAAUACAAGAUUCGGGCCGGACUGCCCACAGUAACUCUGACGGGAACGUCACUUCUUCCGGUGACGUCAUCACCCUCACAGAUGCACUCGGACACAGCAUUCGGUAGCCAUGACUUCCACGAGAUCACCAUGUACUAUCCAAUGAGAGUCAUCAAAUCCGGCAAAUACAGAUUGCUACAAAACCUAAACUACAAAAUGCCUUUCCCAGCGGCCUCGGACUUGUUCGGCUCACCGACCUGGAUGGACACGAUGAACCGGACGGCUCACGGACUGCCGACGAACUGGUUCAAGACACUGGAUCAGUAUUACUACAGGGACGAAUGGGAGCUGUACGAUCUGGAACAGGACCCGAUGGAACUGACAAACCUGGCCUACAUGCCUGGGUACGCCCAGGUUCUGCAGAGUCUUCAAAAACGCCUGAUGGAAUGGCGGGAAGUCACCCAGGAUACCUGGCGAUGUUUUCCAUCAGGUGUUCUGGAAACCGACAACCGCUGCUACGACCAGCAUAAUAACGUCAAUAUGUACUCAAAGCCGUGACUACACGAGAGUGGGCCAAAUUGUUACAGUGACGUCUAUUCGUGGAUUAAAACUAUAAUGUAUAGACUUACAACGUGGUCGGCUUCUUUUCGGCCAAUGGUGUAAGUAUAGAAAAUGACUACGUUUAUACAUGCAUACAAUCACAUGACAGACACAACUGAUCAAUUUCAGCAUUGUUACAGUGGUCUCUUCCGCCAACAUGGCAAACCUUUAAUGCUCAUUUUCGCGAUUGAAAAUGUAAGCGUUACAAAUGCGCAUGCGUGGCUUACACUGGGCAAUUCUGGCCUUCCACCCAUGACACCUGCCACUGCGAUAAAAUAAGUAAAAUAUACCGAAUCUAUCCACACUAAUGAUUUAAGUCAAAUAAAUCUGUUUUGUUACGUUUCACUAAUAAACUGACCACGUCCCUGCCUUUCCAAUACUUUUCCCACUGCGGCAAUCAUGGAUGUACAUGCAUUUUUCAAAGGGGCACAGGUAUGUGCCUUCAGUUUAAUCUUUUUCUGUCAAAUAUAACACACAUAUUCUAUUAAAUCAACGAGAAGUUUGCAUUAGACUAAGACGAUAUUAUGUUUGAAUAAAAAUGUU